UACCCGCGCAUGCGCGCAUCAUUCUUCAGGAUAAAGGAUACGCCAGAAUUGUGUAUCCGUUUCAAAUCUAUUACUACUGGUAUGUAAUAGUACGUUUUAAGAUCGAAAGAACAUGUCAUAACAUUAUAGGUAACAAAUACGUCAAGGUAUUAUCACGUUUUGUUAAAGUUUUUUUUGUGCUAUUUUUUUUGUCAAACCGCGUGAGUGAACUUGAUCACUUUUUUACAAGUCACAUAGUUAGAUAAUUUGUGUUAGUCUGAGUGGAUGUAUAUCAUUUCGUCAAGGCAAUUUCAUAAGGAUACAUUUAUUUGAGAUUUCUGGGUUCGUUUUACAUGUCGUUUUUGGUUUUGUGUAAAAUGGCGGCUCCUAUCAGGUCUGCGUCAACACACUUCAGUGUCGGCACAGAGGGUGGAGCAGAGAGACAAUUUCACGAUUGCACUACUGUUUUGAAGCUAAAUGUAAUGAUUAUCAGUUUUCUACAUGUGUACUAAUAUUCAGAGACAUUCAGUUGUUUCUGUCUAUCUGUAAAUGUUACUAUGGUGUGAAUGGAAAUACUAUUGGUUUUUGAUUUGAAAAAUACAGUGAAGACCAUGUUAUUCAGGAAAAUAGUACAUAGUGUUGCCUGAAACAUACUGCAACCUUGUACUACAUGUUUUAUGUUGUUGUAAUUUAUGCAUUUAUGUGAAUUCAGAAAUCUACUAUAGAUUAAGUGCAUUUAAGUUCUAUAGCCUAAUUUAAAGUGUAUACUUUGUCUAAUGUGAAUUAAUUCAUGUUUCAUGAUCUCAUGAAUUCAUAAUUCAUGAAAUCAGUGCUUGAAUUGGACAGGAGCUCACCGGGGCUGAGUACCAGCACCUCUAAUUUCUACUGUUUGAGCUCAUGUUCCUCUUAUAGAAUAUUAGCUCAACGGUGUUGUGGAGCUCCUGCACCUAAAUAUAAACAAUAUUUUUAAAGAAUAAAGAAAGUGCCAGAACUGUCAAGAGUAACUUUUGUGUCUGUUUCUCUUUAUUACUACAGACCGACUCAGAUUAAGUCUGGGGCUGGUAACAUCAACAGUGAAGACAGACCCCAGCCUGCCUCUUAUUGGGAAUUUUCCAGUAAAUGUGUGCACAUUAUACAUCUUAGAGUAGUCAGCAGAAUAAGUGCACUCUAUAUGUGUCUAGGUCAUUAGGCACCAUUAAACAUGCAUCUGUCUUGGGAGUGGGCAUGUCUGUUUAUUUUUGUACCAUUGCUAUGGCCUAAUAUUUACUGUUGCUAUGGUUACACCACAAAUGCCCUACAUGCACCUGUCUUGGGAGUGGGCGUGUCUGUUUAUUUUUGUACCAAUGCUAUGGCCUAAUAUUUACUGUUGCUAUGGUUACGCCACAAAUGGAAUCUAUGCCCUAAUGUGAAACCAAGCUAAAAUUAGUGCAAGGCAAUAAGAUAAGGGUGGGUAAAUGCCAGCGGGGAUGAAACAUUAACAUAAAGAGGAGUUACUAUGUGUGUGAGGUAAGGAGGAAAACUGUAUAAAAAAAAGUUUGUGCCAAGGCUGGAAAGACAUUGACUGAAUAUUUCCAUUACACUCUCUCCUUCCACACUGAGUCCAAACCUACAGUCACUGGGUCCUGAUUGUGACCGUGGAGCCCAUUUUGCACUGCAGGAUCCAGAGAUGGCAUCAGUGAAGCUGGAAGACUGCAGUCAACCACUGGAGCUGAAUGUCAACAUUAAAGAUGAAGAAGAGGAGGAGAAGAUUGGAACAUCUGUUUCUCAUGACCCAAACGGCGUUCCAUAGAAGUCCUGGUUGAGAAUGAAACGACUGAACAAAUGAACGAAACAGCACAGCAAGACGACUAGAAUUAAGUCUGAGGCCAGUAACAUCUAUUGUGAGGACAAACCCAGCCUGCCCCUCUCCUUCCACACUAUGUCCAAACCUACAUUCACUGGGUCUUGAUUGUGACAGUGGAGCCCAGUUUGCACUGCAGGAUCCAGAGAUGGCAUCAGUGAAGUUGGAAGACUGCAGUCAAACACUGGAGCUGAAUGUCAACAUUAAAGAUGAAGAAGAGGAGGAGAAGAUUGGGACAUCUGUUUCUCAUGGAGACCAUGUUGAGACAUUCUCUACAUCCAGAGAGCAACAGCAGGAAGAUCACAGAGCUAAGAGGUCUCACCACUGCCCACAUUGUGAGGAGAUUUUCCCAUUUCUAUCAAAGCUAAAAAUACACCUAAAAAUACACACAAUAGAGAAUCGGUAUUCCUGUACUGACAGUAGGAAGAAUUUCACAACAUCAAAGGCUCUGACAGUUCAUCAGAGAGUGCAUACAGGAGAGAAGCCGUAUUCCUGCUCUGACUGUGUAAAAUGCUUCACAACAUCAACUGAGCUAAAAGUUCACCAGAGAACACACACAGGAGAGAAACCUUACUCCUGCUCUGAUUGUGGAUCGAGUUUUUCUCAACUAGGCACCUUAAAACACCAUGAACGUAUACACACGGGAGAGAAGCCUUACUCCUGCUCUGACUGUGGAAAGAGAUUCUCUGUACUGGAACACUUGAAAGCACAUGAACGUAUACAUACAGGUGAGAAGCCUUACUCCUGCUCUGAAUGUGUUAAAUGCUUCACAACAUCAACUGGGCUAAAAGUUCAUCAGAGAACACAUACAGGAGAGAAGCCUUACCCCUGCUCUGAUUGUGUAAAAUGCUUCACAACAUCAUCUAGGCUAAAAGUUCAUCAGAGAACCCAUACAGGAGAGAAGCCUUACUUCUGCUCUGACUGUGCUGUGAGUUUCUCUCUACUGAGCCACUUAAAACGACAUACACAUAUACACACAGGAGAAAAGCCUUACUCCUGUUCUGACUGUGGAACGAGUUUCUCUCUACUGAGCCACUUAAAACGACAUACACAUAUACACACAGGAGAGAAGCCUUACUCCUGCUCUGACUGUGGAAAGAGUUUCUCUGUACUGGGUCACUUAAAAAGACACCGACAUGUACAUACGGGAGAGAAGCCUUAUUCCUGCUCUGACUGUGUAAAAUGCUUCACAACAUCAACUGAGCUAAAAGUUCAUCAGAGAACACACACAGGAGAGAAGCCUUACUCUUGUUCUGAUUGUGAAAAAUGCUUCACAACAUCAACUGGGCUAAAAGUUCAUCAGAGAAAACACACAGGAGAGAAGCCUUACUUCUGCUCUGAUUGUGUAAAAUUCUUCACAACAUCAACUGGGCUAAAAGUUCAUCUGAGAACACACACAGGAGAGAAGCCUUACUCCUGCUCUGACUGUGGAAAGGGUCUCUCUCGAAUGGGUCAGUUAAGAAGACACCAACGUAAACAUAAAGGAAAUAGACCCCAAAACUACUAAAGUAGUUCUUUAAAGCUUUUUUUGCUUUAGUACUUUACACCACUGUAUGCAUCCAUGCCGUGUGUCAGCAUUGCAGGCUGGUGGUGUGAUGGUUGGGGUGUGUUUUCAGGGCACACAUUGGGCCCCUUGAUAAAAGAUGAACAACAUUUGAAUGCCACAGGAUAUCUAAACAUCAUUGCCAAUCAGGUGCCUCCCUUCAUGGCAGCAGUGUAUCCAUCUGCAAAUAGAUUUCUUCAGCAGGAUUAUGCCACAAGGCUUGUCCAGGAAUGGUUCCAAGAACAUGACAGUGAAUUCAGUUUACUGCAGUGGCUUGACGAGUCACCAGAUCUCAAUCCAGUUGUGCAUCUGUGGGAGGAGAUGGAACGAGCUAUUUGGAGGAGAUAUCAUUUCACAGCCAACUUGACACAAUUGUGGGAAGCAUUGGAGUCAACAUGGGCCAGCAUCCCUGUGGAACGCUUUCAACACCUUGGACAGUCUAUGUCCUGAUGCAUUGAGGCUGUUCUGAGGACAAAGGGGGUACAACUCAAUAUUAUGAAGGUGUUCCUAAUGUUUUGUACACUCAGUGUAUGUCAGAAAAGAUGGUGUGAUGAUCAGUUUUUAGCAUUAAUUUGAGUGGAUUGUUUUGUAUUACUAAACAACUUUUGUUGAAUGAUAAACAGGCUAUGAAUCAACUACUUGUGUUUAUUAAAUUUUAUUUUAAUAUUGUAUUCAUUAUUGUAGUCAUUGAUGAUGAAUGUAUUUGAAUAACUGUGCUGAAGUUAAUUGAUCUGGCGGCAGGUAGAAAUGAGUAAAAAUAAAGAAAAACCCUUGACUGAG